AACACAACAAACCCAGCGCUCUGAACAAACCUUAACAGAAUUCACAGCUAAUGGAGCAAGACAACCCUCAAAUACUUGAACAUGCUCACUCUGAGUUUAAAAACCAGAACUUCAAAUGUGCAGAACUACUGUAUACAAAGUUUAUCUCGUCCUGUUUACAGUCCAGGGAUUGUAAAGCCAGUCAUUUGGCCACUGCUUACAACAACCGCGGACAGAUAAAGUACCUCCGGGUGGAUUUUGGUGAAGCGGUGGAGGACUUCUCUUUAGCGAUACAGAGUGACAGCAGCUAUGAGACACCUUUCUACAACAGAGGACUCAUCCACUAUAGACUAGGUUUUUUCGAUGAUGCCAAGAGUGACUUCCAACAAGUAUUGAAGAUGAAUCCAGAUUUUGAAGAUGCCAAAGUGAGCCUGAAACAGACACUUCUGGACCAGCAGCACAAGAUAGACAGGGGAUACUGACAACUCCAUAAACUAUAGAAUAUACCUUUUUAUAAAUCCUGAAAUCUGUUGGCUUGAAGAAACAAUCUGUCAAGUUUUGUCAAAUUAUUUACAAUAAUGUACAGCUAUCGUAUAGAAAAUUGGAAUUGUAUUUGAUCUGAACAUGAACCCUUUGAUUAAAGAUAUCAGAAUGAAGAUGAACCUUAAAGUAAACACAAACCACAUAAAAAAUAACCUACACAAGGAACAGAAACAAUGAAAAUAAAACUAUUGCUGCAAAAACAUUCAGUUUGAACCUAUGAAACCAAGUAGAAAUCCCACAGGGAUGGGUGCGACAUUUUGAUAUGGUUUUUGUUAAGCAGAGCAUCGAUUAUUCCUUCUUCUGCACUGACUCAACACUCUUGGACAGAGCAGAAAAAUCAACCCGGGUGAAACGAUAAGCUCCGGUUUUACUGUCUGUAAUACAUGUUAGUACAUCCUUAGUGGUUUGAGAAUAUAUACAAACAAUAAUCAAGUGUUAGAUUACAGUCAUUAUAAAGAGGCUCAAAGGAAAAAUCAAAAGCACAUGUGAUUUUAAGGAAAAGUUUAAUUUAUUAUUAACUGUGGAUUAUUUUGUUGCUUCUUCAAAUAUAAAAAAGUAAUAUAUGUAUAAUAUUAAAUACAAAUCUACUUUUGCUGAACAAUAAAUACU